AUGGUCGCGGGUACUCCUGUGCCACAAAGUUCUCCACCAUCCGUGACUUUGGAUGAUGCCAUCUUUACUGGCACCACUAACGGGAGCGUUUCGGCGUUCUUGGGUAUACCUUACGUGCAACCUCCUGUUGGCGAUCUCCGCUUCCAUCUUCCUCAAGCCAUCUCGCCCUACAACGGUACUUAUAACGCUUCAGCCUACGGACCUAGUUGUCCACAACAGACGGUCACAGUCCCUGGGAAUUUAACUGCUGAAACGGAAGCUAUUCUCACCGCUCUAGCUGCAGACGGCGGCGCACAGAGCGAGGAUUGUCUUACGAUAAAUGUUUACACGCCAGCCAGUGCCACUACAAACUCAAAAUUACCUGUAGUUGUGGUGCGUGGUUUCGCGGUCGGCGGUGCAUCCACAUACCCGGGAGACGUUAUUGUCAACAGGUCUCUUGCACUUAAUGAGCCUGUCAUCUAUAAAGUCGCAAAACGAUCAACUUGUUUAGGAUUUGGCUUUUUGGCUGGGAAAGAAGUCAUGGAUGCAGGUGUAGCAAAUUUCGAACGUCAGGCCCUGAGAUGGGUACAGCAAUACAUCAGCUCAUUCGGUGGUGACCCUAGUAAAGUUACGAUCUGGGGCCAAAGCGCAGGUUCUACUUCUAUUGUAUACCACAUGAUCACAAAUGGAGGCGACAAUGAAGGACUAUUCCGCGGUGCGUACAUGAACUCUGGCUCUCAACUCCCCGUCAGCGGCAUGAAAGGUGGCCAGCCAUACUACGAUACCAUGGUCAAGGACACAGGUUGCUCAAAUUCGUCUGACACUCUGCAAUGCCUCCGAGAAGCACCUUACGGCACUCUCAAGAGCGCGAUUGAUAAUGUUCCUACCUUUUAUGAUUACCAGGCUCCCAUCUUGCCCUGGAUGCCUCGUCCUGACGGCGUUUUCCUUGUUGACAACCCUCAAACUCUGAUCAAAGAGGGUUCUGUGGCGAAUGUAUCUUUUGUAAAUGGAGACUGUGACGAUGAGGCCACUCCUUUCUCGUACGCCUCUCUUAAUAUUACAACUGAGCAGGAACUCCGAGUCUACAUUACAACUUAUUGGUCACCUCAUGUAUCUAACUCGACCUUGGACAAAGUAAUGGAGCUGUAUCCUGUCACUCCUGCGGACGGCUCCCCUUUUAAUACUGGCAACAACAACACGGUGACGCCGCAGUUCAAGCGUGUAGCCGCCUUCCUUGGUGAUAUCAAUUUCCAAGGCCCUCGCCGGUUCCUCUUGCAGGCACGUUCUGGCCACCGAAAGAUCUGGUCUUUCCUCAGCAAACGGAUGAAGGAUACUCCCGGGUUUGGCGCUUUCCAUGGUUCAGACAUAGACAUCAUCUAUGGUUCUGCUGAUAUGACAGACUAUUUAAUCCGUUUCGUGGCAAACCUUGAUCCUAGUGGAAACACAGGGAUUAACUGGCCUCAAUACAAGAACGAGACACCCAACCUCUUGACUUUCCUAGAUGGCUCAAUUCCGGCCAACAUUACACAAGACACGUACAGAAAGGAGGGUAUCGAGUUGGUGACACGGAUGAUGUUGGAUGACCCCUGGCAAUAA